AUGAAUGGUAGGGCACCCGCAGCCAUCAUAACUGACCAAGACAGGGCAAUGAAGAAUGCGAUUCAAAUUGUAUUCCCUAAUGCAAGAAAUAGAUAUUGUCUCUGGCAUAUAAUGCGGAAACUGCCUGAGAAAUUGGGAUCCCACUCGGCAUAUAACGUAGGGUUGAAGACUGCAAUUCAGAGUGCAGGGUUGUACACCGAGAGGUCAUUUUGGGUACCAGUUUACUUGAAAGGUGUAUUCUGGGCUGGUAUGAGCACUAUCCAACGGUCUGAAAGCAUGAACGCCUUCUUUGACGGAUAUGUGCAUUCCGGUACGAUAUUGAAAGAAUUUGUCGAUCAAUUCGACAAUGUCUUGAGGAAGAAGGUGGAGGCAGAGACGACAUCUAAUUUUCAGUCGUGUAACCAAACCAUCCCAUGUGUAUCCCUAUUCAAAAUUGAGAGCCAGUUUCAAUCAAUGUACACAAAUGAAAAGUUUAAAGAAGUCCAAGCAGAGGUUUGGGGGAUGCUUUUAUGUAACCCUUCACUUGUGGGCACUGAAGGGUGCAUUUCCACCUUUGAUGUUUUCGAAGAAAUCUCUACACCUGAUGGACAGUCCAAAAUUGUCAAUUACAUAGUUUAUUUUAAUGAAGACGAAUGCGAAGUUAAAUGCACGUGUGCCCUGUUUGAGAUGAGGGGGAUUCUCUGUAGGUAUGGAUUGAAAGUCUGUCAAAUGAAGUACAUUCAUGUGUUGCCAGAUAAAUAUGUGUUGGAUAGAUGGAGGAAAGACUUAAAGAGAAGAUACACACUUGUUAAGAGUAGCUAUGAUGAUUUACAGGUCAAUGCGGAUGCACGACGGUAUGAGUUUGUCGUUAAAAGAUGUCUAAGAUUUGCGACGCGUGUAUCUCGAAAUGAUGAGCAUGUGAAUGCAUUCUUUCAUAUGUUGGAUGAGUUUGAGCAUAAGUGUGUAGGAUUAGAGCCUGAGUUCGGUUCAACAAAGUUAAAAGAGAACGUGGUCAUCGAUAAGGAUAAGAAAAUUUUAAGCCCGAACGUUGUUUGGAGGAAAGGGAGACCGCCAACGAGAAGAAAGGUCCCAAUGGUUGAGAAGGCUACAAGGAAGAGAAAGAAAACACAGACUUACAGGAAUCUAUUUGACGACGAUUCAUAUAAUGUUGACCUGCCGGUGUCAGAAGUUGGUGCUACUGUUGACGAGAUUGUUAUCCCAACCCAGUGUAGUACUCUAACACAAGUAAGGCCUUUGGCCGAUGACGAGAUAUUGGCUAGAGGUGACUGCCUGAUCUCUGCUGAUUUUCUUUCAAUUCAAGUGCCUUAUAGUAUCAGCAUUAUGCCUUACUGUUCUGGUUGUUUGGUCAAUUAUGGUGUCUUCUUGUAG